ACAACUCCAGUCCCUUCACAAAAUGAAACAACUGGAGUUACAGCACUGACAACUACAAUCCCUCCACAAAAUGAUACAACUGGAUUGACAGAACAGACAACUCCAGUCCCUUCACAAAAUGAAACAACUGGAGUUACAGCACUGACAACUACAAUUCCUCCAGAAAAUGAAACAACUGGAGUUACAGUAGUGACAACUACAAUCCUUCCACAAAAGGAUACAACUGGAUUAACAGAACUCACAACUACAAUCCCUCCACAAAAUGAAACAACUGGAUUGACAGAACAGACAACUCCUGUCCCUUCACAAAAUGAUACAACUGGAGUUACAGCACUGACAACUACAAUCCCUUUACAAAAUGAAACAACUGGAGUUACAGCACUGACAACUACAGUCCCUCCAGAAAAUGAAACAGUUGGAUUUACAGGAUCAACAUCUAAUUCCAUUUUUACUACCUCGUUUCCAUCUCCACCUUGCAUGCCAGUGUCCAUUGAAAUUCAGAACGUGACUGGGGAAGAAAUACAACUCAGCUGGACUGGUGGCAGCACAGGCAGCCUCUACAGCAUCUCCCUCAUGGAUGGAAAGCAGGAGAUAAAUAAAACUACCACAAAAGAGACAAAAGCUGUGUUUAAACAUCUACUUCCUGCCCAUGCAUACACCAUAUAUGUGGGAGUGUCAUCCUGUGCUGAGAAUAACCGGACUUCAGUUACUGUCCAAACAGAUCCUGUUUCCUGCUUCAACCAAACUGAGUUCUGUUUAACAGAAAAUACUGGCUGUUCUGACUUAAAAGACGUUGUAUGCUCUGGUAACCAAGCAUUUGCCUGCAGGGUUUUGUUAAAAAACCAGACAUUUAACAAUACACUUUAUAACUCUGAUAGUGAAGAAUACAAAGCAAUGGCUGAGAGUAUCAAAACAGACGUUGUUAGAGAAAUGCGCCUCGAACUGAAGGACGAACGCUUCGACGUCGUUGUGCUUGGGUUCAGACCCGGCAGUGUGAUUGCUGAUUUUAUUUCUCUGCUGCCAAAAGAAGAGCCCGUAGAUGUGAAUCUUAUACAGACCCACCUAAGUCAAGUAUUAAAGCGCAAGUUUGGGAAUGAAACCGAAGUAAAUGUACAAUCCCUGUCCGUUCAGUCACCAACCGACAACAGUUCUGGCUGGAGAGUGGCAGUGAUUGUCCUUGGAGUUUUACUUGGAGUUGCAUUAGUGCUGAUUCUUCUGGCAAUAGUAUUUUAUAUUUAUAUGAGGAAAAGAUGGGGUAAAUACUUGGUUGAACCACAGGACUCAUGGGAAGUUUUUUCUAGAAGCACUUAUAAGACGCACAAUGUUUCAUUUUUGGAAUAAGGCAGAAAAUUAAUAUAUUUGUCUUAAAAUUCUAUGUCAAUUGUUUAUAUUAACUUAAUUUAAUUCUACCUGCUCCUUCCCAAUGUCCAUCACCAAAUUUCUGAGCUCCUAACAACCUCCAGUGAAUCAUCCUUUUAGCAAGUAUGGAGUGGGGAAUUUUUCCAUUAGUGGUAGAGUGAGGAGCAGAGAAACCUCUGUUCAACCUGUCCCCUAGAGGUAUCACAAUUACUCCCAGUAUUGAUUUGCUAGAGAGAGAGGAUCCAAACUACCCAAUACUUUCUUGUAUUUAGAUGACAAAGCAAACAGAGUGACUGAGCUUGGUACCUGUGGUAGGUUACCUGAAUCCUCAGCCGAGCCCAAAGUUGGACUUUAUGAGCUUGGCCAAGGGUGAUUCACCUCUCCUGAGGUUUGUAUCACCAUAUGAAGAUGCCUCUUUCUCUCCAGUGGCUGCAGAACAAUCCACUGGAGUUUGUUAGGAGUUUGAAGAAAAAUGGGAUGCAUCUGGCUUAUAUGGACUUGCUGUAAAAGUCUUUGAUGGAGCAACAAAUUGAUCUGGAGGUUUCUGAAUUCAAGGUUUCUUUAAUUGUCGUGCUAUGAAGAAGCAGCUGCCUUUCUGUGACAAAUGUAAAUCAUGCUAAAUACAGGUGUGGUUUAACAGCAUAGCCAAAACAUGUUACUAGAUAGGGGAAGAGAGAGAAUAGGUUAAUUUGAGCCAAAAGAUUUUAUUAAUCCAUUUUUGCCUGGCAAAUAUGGUUGCCUGAUCAAGAGUGUGUCAUGUAGUGCAAUUUUACCUUACUCUUGAUAAUCCCAAGGUAGAGCCCAGUAGGAGCAACCUGAAGGCUCUUGUGACACUGGAGCAGACCUUGUGCUUUAGAGCCAUUAAAAGAAAUGGCCUUUACCUGUUUUCACCACUGUUAGCUGCAGUCUUGAUGAAGUCGCAGUCUGUUUAUCCUGUGGUGUAGUUUUUCCUGCUUGGAAUGUGCUGAACAAACGACAAAGGGCAAUGUAUUGCUGUACAUAUUUUUAGUAGGAUUUAUGUGUUUCAUUUCAAGCCAGUUCUCCCUGUGUCUGUGUAUUUUGUCAAUAUGCCUGUGCUGGGCACUCCUGUUGAGGCACUGAAUAUCCUGUGAUGUCAAGGCCCUGGCUCACACCUCCUGAACAGUUCAGGGCCUUCGUUUUUGGGGAUUAUGCUCUGGUUAGUUGGCACAGGUUAGAGAAAGGAGGUGCCUACAAAUGUAGUACAUUUUGGGACCUCAGCAGACAAAGGACCUCAGCAGACAAAGGUGGUGGUGCCUGAGCAGCUCUGCUCUCCUCUGGGCACAGCCAGCGUGCCUUUCUUUUUAUACCUCCAUUUUCUGGGCAACAGUUCAGCUCCUCAGAGAACCCUGAAGAGGACCCUGGGAAGCAGAUGGGUGAAGCCAUCUCAUGUGCUGCCUCACUGCAGAAAGGCUGAUUAGUUCAGGCUGUAUCAUGACCCUGCUGAGGGAAGUGCCCUCCAGCCUUGCUCCUCUGUCCUUGGCUUGGCAGCAGCGCUGCUGUGUGAGGCCAAUGGGCUGUGCUGGCAGAGAAGGGAAGAUUGUGUGAGCACUUUAAGGUGUCUUCACACACAAAGUUGUGCUGGUGGUUUAUGUUCCUGUCUGGAACGUUAUUUUUAUUUGCAGGGACCUGUGAAACAGGGUUUUGCAUGCUUUGCUCUCCUUUUCCUUCCAUGUAGUGCCAGCUUGGCUGUCCUUCUGCUCAGGACUGGGAUAUGGGGCCACAGCCCACCUCACUGGUGGAAAGUCAGUGUGAUUAGUAUUUGUUAAAUUUAUUUUAUGUGGGUUCCAAAUAUAGCUAGCUCUGGUGCUAUAUUCACUGAGCAGUCACUCCACAAUGUAGUCUGUCAGUAAAUUCAAGUUCUCCAGUGAGCUGUGUUGAAAAUACAAAAGAGUGCUCUUGCUUAUGUAAAUACUGUUACCUUUCUGUUU